UUCAGAAGCGUCGGAAGUAAGUUUCGGGGCAGCGCUUGAGAUCUCUAUGGCGACUCCGUGUUGGUGAUGAAUAAAUGAGGCGCACAUGUGCGUAAUGAUGGCAGUGGCCUGAGGAAGCGCGAAACGACAGUCGCUACUUUCAUGUGUGUGUAAGCUGUCUGCCCCAGCCUUAUGGUUUUGAUUUCUUUGGAGGAAUAAAGGACUUCAAUCAGUUAGAGUGUACUCAUAACUUCUAAUUUGGAGUCCACUGCCCAUCCGGUAUUGGUUUUUUUGCCCCAACACAUAUGAAUUAUUAAUGUUAUUUUGGAGGCUAGAGCACCGCAACACUGUACUGUACGGUAAUGUCAGGAUCCGGUUAUUUAUUCGGGAUAUAAGCUGUGCCACCCAGCUUUCGUCUUGUUUCUACAUAUAAUCCUGUAUUGUUAUGUAUACCUGGGGAGCAGGGGCAUCCUGUAUUGCUAUGUAUACCUGGGGAGCGGGGGCCUCCUCUAUUACUAUGUAUACCCGGGGGAGCGGGGGCCUCCUCUAUUACUAUGUAUACCCGGGGGAGCGGGGGCCUCCUCUAUUACUAUGUAUACCCGGGGGAGCGGGGGCCUCCUCUAUUACUAUGUAUACCCGGGGGAGCGGGGGCCUCCUCUAUUAGGCCCCUUUCACACAAGCAAGUAACAUCUAUGAUAGCUUGGGUGAUAGAAGAUGUAAUGUGUAUGCUGCGUUCAAGAAUGGGCACAGAUCCCAGUACUAUUGAAUAGAUAAUGACAAAUAAAUAUUUCCCUUCUCCUUUGUAGUAAGAUCUGUUCUAUUUCUUAUAAGAAACCCAAUAGGAGAGCAGAGUUCUGGAGUAGUCUCAUUACUUUGACCAAUUCACUUUUAUUCAUCUCGGCAUCAGAACGUACACAGCUGCUGCCACCUUGUGGUGUGAGCCUUCAACUGCAAGUCUUACAUCACCGGUCCAGUCUGAUAUGGCUUCCAACACCAUUCCUGCGUCUUAUCAGCACAACACCAGCACGGGCAGUGAGUGCUUGCCUGAUGAUAAUGAAGAGGAAGAAGAGGAACAGCUUGUCUUGGUGGAGUUAACAGGAAUCAUUGACUCGGACAUAUUGGAAAAAUGCGACAACAAGUGCAAAAUACUGGGGAUAAACACAGAAAAGCCAAUUUUGCAAGUUGACAAAUACGUGUUUGCAGGGCAGUAUGAAGAUGCCCUGGGCACAUGCGUGAUCUUUGAAGAGUCACCAGAUCAAGGAGAUGGAGAAAGUACAAAACCCAAACUGAAGUAUAAGUGUCAUACAGUAAAGAAACUGAAUAUGACCAGAACGUUUCUGACAGAAAAGAAAGAAGGUGAAGAAGGAGGGGGUAAGAUUGAAUGGUUCCAGAUUAAAGACGAUAGUUCUGCUGGCUGGCCACAGAUGAUAUGCAGCUUUGCCCAGGAAAAUGAGGACGCGGGCGAGUCACAAAGUGAAGAAGAUGACAAUGGACAACUGGAUGUAUCUAAUGAGGAGACUGGACAGGCAGACCAGAGCUUUUAUUCAGAUGGAAAGCAACACUCUUCUGAUUUAGAGAAAGGACCUUCUGAGGGGAGAAUGCAUUUGGACCCUGAGGAAGUAGAAAGUAACAUAAAUAGGCUGAUACCUGCAGCAGAGCAAGAAGCCCGUUCAGCAGAGGAUGCUGGCUCUCCACGGGAGGAUGAGACAAUCCACCAUGAUCAGAAGUCCUAAGCAGCAGUCAGAUGAUGAAGAACGAACAUUUUCUAAUUAUUUCCUGAACCUUAGAGAUUAUGGUCUAAGUUUUGUACUAGCAUAGUAUAAAGUUUUGCAAGCAUAAUAGUUGGAUCUAAUAAUGGAAAGUCUGGAGUGACCCAUGGAAAAUGUUCAUUGAAAAUGUAGGAACCUACAUAUGAAUAGAAUAAGUUUGUACAAGUAUUGUAUUUCUUAUUUUGUACUGAUCCAGAGCUGCAUUCACAAUUCUGCUGGUUGUUUAUUGGAAACGGUCAAUAAGCUUGUUAGCAUACACAUCUCUAAAUGCUUAGCUGAAUUUCAUUAACGGAACAGGUUACUGUACAUUUCACAUUGUAAAGAUGACCGUUCUCCUAAGGUCAACCCUCCUGGAAUCCAGCAGAACAAUGAAUACCACUGGAGAAGACAACAGGCUGUAACUCGGGAUCAGUGCCAGAAAAGUCUGGCAGUUUGUUUCAGAUUCAUUCUAGUGUCCUAAAGCUGCGUUCACAUCUCUGUUGGAGAUGAUCCGGCAUAUUUGUCGGCUGUCAAGCAGAGAAAAAUAGAUGCAUGGAGCUGUACUUAUCCGGCCUAAACCCGGUAUUUGUGCCGGCUAGAUCUCCACUGGGUCCCAUUAUACUCAACAGCAAAAAAAAAAAAGUCAGAAAGGGAGAGAUGGGAGAGAGGUACAGAACUAUUGCCCUGAUGAAGGGGGCAGUCCGCCCCAGAAACGCGUAGACUUAUACCAAUAAAGAACCCACUUUAAUUUA